CAAAGGCUGCUGGGUAAUUAUCACGGGCAAACAUGGCGGCCACCCUUCCGAGACUCUUGUCCUUCGGUAAAAAUACGAGGGCUUUACUUAAUGUUUUGAGGAUUUCUGCAGCUCCAUCUCAACAAUACACUGUUCCUGUUUCAAAUUAUGGAGAAAAAAUUACUCACACUGGACAGGUCUAUGACGAAAAUGAUGUGAGGAGAGCUAGAUUCGUCGGUAGACCAAAAGAGGUGAAUGAAAACUUUGCAAUCAAUUUGGUUGCUGAAGAACCAGUGACAGAUGUAGAGUCAAGAGUUGUGUCCUGUGAUGGGGGUGGAGGGGCUCUCGGUCACCCCAGAGUUUAUAUCAAUCUGGACAAGGAGACCAAAGUUGGCACAUGUGGAUACUGCGGGUUGCAGUUUCAGCAGAAGCAUCAUCACUGAGGGACUGUCUUGUGCUUUGUGGGCUAUACAUUAUCUCCCUUUCAAAAUAUCUAAUAAUUUUCUCUGUACAAUAAAAUAUGCUGUAAAUACAAA